AUGGCUACUAUCACAAACUUCUUGGCUAAACCACCUCCAAAUCUUGCACCCAUCACUAAAAUUAAUCCCCUUCAGUUCCAUUUUCCCUCUCUUUCUUUACCCACUAAACCACCCAGCCACCUUGUAAAAAAUUUGGAAACUAGACGUUCCCUCUUUAUUCCAAAGGCCACAGCUGCCCCAGAGGUGAAAAAAGUCGAUACUGAUGAAAGAGUACAGAAAGUUCAUAGCAUAGAUGAAUUCGACGAAGCCCUUCGCGUGGCCAAAAACAAGCUUGUGGUAGUAGAAUAUGCAGCUAGCCACAGCUACCACAGCAGGAAAAUCUACCCUUUCAUGGUGGACCUUAGUCGGACAUGUAACGACGUAAACUUUUUACUCGUUAUGGGUGAUGAAUCCGAAAAGACCAAAGAACUUUGCAGGAGAGAGAAAAUAGAGAAAGUCCCACAUUUCAGCUUCUACAAAAGCAUGGAAAAGAUCCACGAAGAAGAAGGGAUAGGCCCAGAUCAGCUGGUCGGAGACGUAUUGUACUACGGAGACAAUCAUUCAGCUGUGGUUCAGCUUCACUGCAGAGAGGAUGUAGAGAAAUUGAUUGAAGAACACAAAAUUGAUCACAAGUUGAUUGUUCUUGACGUGGGUUUGAAGCAUUGUGGCCCGUGCGUUAAAGUGUACCCGACGGUGGUGAAGUUGUCGAAGCAGAUGGCUGAUUCGGUGGUGUUUGCGAGGAUGAACGGCGACGAGAACGAUAGUUGCAUGGAGUUCUUGAAGGACAUGAGCGUGGUUGAAGUUCCCACAUUUUUGUUCAUCAGAGAUGGUGAAAUAUGUGGCAGGUAUGUGGGUUCUGGUAAAGGAGAGCUCAUAGGGGAGAUUCUUAGAUACCAAGGAGUUCGUGUUACCUAA